GAUAUGACACCUGAAGCAGCUCUGGCCAAACUUGCUUACGUGCUGGCCAAAGACGAGUGGACAGAUCUGGCUACGCGCCGGGCUAUGUUGUGCAGAAACCUCUGCGGUGAGCUCACUAUUAAGGGUGAUCCCACCAGCCAGAUAACUGGCUUCUGCAAUGGUCCGGCCACUACAUCAAGUGGGCUAAUCGAGCAUCUCACCAACUUGGUCAUGGGCUCGAUUCGAAAUAAAAAUUUACUUCGAGUAAGAAAUGUUGCAUCUUUUUUGAUAUUGGAAGGAGAAAUUGAUUUCCUGAACCACAAGGCAUAA